GUGAUGAGUUGGAAUCGUCUUUACGUAUUGUUACAAUUCUUCUACCUUCGUCUCUUAGCAGAUAUUUCUCCUGCUUGUCGGGGCCCUCCAGGCUCUUGUCUCGUCAAUCUUCAAUGCUGUAUGCAUUAGGGUUUAAUCUUGAGUCGUCCUGUCCAAAGUGUUGCGGAUGUUCACAGCCGUUGAAUGAGAUGUAGCGUAGUGAACAGCUCCCUACGCGUACAUCAAAGUUUCAUUGGAUGCCAGCUCCUCGAUCCUUCCGUGUUCGCCCUCCUAUCAUAGGAACAAGCGACAGGGAUGAACGUGCCAUGAGCUCGGCUGUUCGUCGAUUGUAUUUCAAAUCUCUUGGGUUUUAUCUUGCCCGCAUCUUUACCCCUGAACCUGUCAUUGUUGAUGACCUUUACUCUCUUGUGCUUUUCUUCGCUCUCUCCUCAAAAUCGCUCAUUGAUUGUUUCGUUUGGUCUGUUUUGUUAUUCCAUCACUUUGCCAUGGCGUUGUCGUGGAAGCCCAGUGCUCCGGCACUGUGUAUUGCAUCAGCUGUUCACUCACAGGAGUACGAGGUAUUGAUCACCUCCAGCCGUCAUGGCACUGCAUUGAAGUCAACCCUUGACAUUUCCCUGCCAACAGCAACCAGACCGCCAUCAGAGGUGCUCCCUAAAGAUACAAUCACCGACCGAGGCGUUAUUGCCGGGCCGGAUACCACGAGAGAAGCAAUAUUUCCUGCUCUUGACUCCACGAAUGAUUCCGAUGUAACUGAUUUACCACCAACAACUGGACCUGCCGCUGAGGGUCCUCAACCCACGAAUACGCAGGCUCCCAGUGACGGUGCCAUUGAGGCCGGCCCGGUCAAAGUCUCCCCGGACGUCCGCCCUAAUAAGGAGUCUGCGCGGCCGCCCGUUGAGAAGACUACCUGCCAGCCUGUUCCGGACCCUACAACUAAGGCUGAGCGCCCCGAGCCCGGUGAGACAGAGAAUAGCCCCGUCAUUGUGCGGUUAUUUCAUCGGCUAUUGAAUGAAGCAAAGCCGACGCCACCGUCUCUGCCUUCGAUGCUGUGCUACCCACCUCAAACAACAAGCAGCGCUCUUAUCACCACCACCCGAGCCUCAUUUAACGCAAUAACAACAAUCGAUGCUGCAACCAUCGCUGAAGAUGUACGCAUCUACAAACCUUCUGUGGCCCUUGGUGGACUGCGAGCUGACAACCCUUACUGCCAAUAUCCAACCACCAUCGACGGCGAGCAACCUGUUGCUAAUGCUUCCCUUAUUCACGACCAAUAUGAGACUUGUAGUGACUACCCCUCCUCAGUUACCUCCGAUGCCCCAGUCAAUGAGGCCCCUGUUCCAACUCUCUUCACAGCCACCAGCGAUGGCACUGUCCGCGCUUACCCGACCUACGCUCGAAUGAAUGCCUGUCUACACGCUACUAGGUGA